UUUACUUUUCUCAGUGGCCUUAAUCCUCUACCAUACAAAGUGACAACCUUUGCAUGCCUGAAUUUUUUAAACGUGAGGCGUAGAGAUAUGAAAGAUGAGAAAAAUCUCUGCUCACUAAGCUUCAGCUGCAAUUUUCCGACCAAUUGCUGUUCAGACUCUUUUCACCUUCUUGUUUGUUUUGUCUAAUACAUUCACUCGUCUUCUGUUUGAACCUUAAAAGCAUCUCUUCCCCAUGGAGCACUCCCCGUCAAUGAACUCAACGGUGGUGGAUGGAGAUGAGCUGGAGGACCACAGGCCCCUCCUGCCACCAAGGAUUGUCGCCCCACCUCAGGCCUACUCGCCCCAAUGUGGGAUACACCACACAGUCCAGACACCCAUUGACCACUCCGCAUGGCUGGACAGAACCCAGGCCCUGGCUACCACGCCUUUGUACAACGGCCACCUCUACGUCACUGCGACGCCUCGAUCCAACAGGAGGAGAGAGAAAACCAAGGGCAAAGAGAAAAAAUGCGAGAAACGGCCACAAAAUCCAGGCGUGAAGGAGCGCAACCACCAGAGCAAAACUACAACUCUGAGCGCAAACAGACUCCAGGAGACGGUUACGUCCUUCACCGAUGUCCCCAUGUCCUCCUGCGGGUCACCCUUCAAGGGCCACAGCAGGUCCAACCUGGAUCUCAGGGAUGUUGACGGUCGAGGGUACCGCAAGGCAGGCAACGUUUCCCUGGAGAUGCACGACCGCCAGAGUCUCCCAGAGAUCAUCGUCACCAGCAAGGACGACAACCUCCAACAGCAGCAGCACAAACACAAGGCGCUGCAGUAUCACCAGCACCCGGGGGAGGCCGAGGGGCCGCUGCCAGGGGCCAAGCGCUUCACUGGGAGCCCCAGCCCCAGUCCUCAGCAUAGCCCCAAACGCAAGGAAGACGCCAACAAGGACUCGUACUCGCGGACGCACAACAUCGGCUGGCGGCUGGUCCGCAGGAGGGCCCUGUUCCUGAGGAGGCAGCGGCUGAAUGACUGCGCCCUGGCGGUGGGGCUGUUCGGGGUAGUCAUGAUGGUGAUGGAGACGGAGCUGUCCUGGAGCAUCUACAGCAAGAGCUCCAUCUACUCGCUGUGUUUCAAGUCAGUCAUCAGUUUUUCUACGCUCAUCUUGUUCGGCCUCAUCGUGGCGUACCACUGCUGUGAGGUGCAGCUCUACGUUCAUGACAUUGGUGCAGAGGACUGGAGAAUUGCCAUGACCACCGAACGCUUCGCCCUGAUCGUCUUGGAGCUCUUCAUAGUGGCCAUCCAUCCUUAUCCGGUGGGAAUGCUGGCAUACUUCCAGAAGACCAAAGUCCGCACAAGCCUCUCUGAGACAGAGCUGGAGAUCAUGCUGGCUUUGCCCAUGUUUCUGAGACUGUACCUGCUGGGUCGGGCCAUGAUGCUGCACAGCCGCCUCUUCACCGACACGGCCUCCCGAAGCAUCGGAGCUCUGAACAAGAUCCACUUCAACACCCGCUUUGUGGGGAAAACGUUGAUGACUACCUAUCCUGGCACCGUCCUGAUGAUUUUCAGUGUUUCUCUGUGGAUUGUGGCGGCGUGGGGCCUACAUGUGUGUGAGAGGCACCACAAUUACAGAGACCUUAGCAGCAACUACAUGGAGGCCCUGUGGAUGGUCUCCGUUACCUUCCUGUCCAUCGGUUAUGGAGACGUGGUCCCUCACACUUACUGUGGCCGCAGCAUCUGCCUCCUCACUGGGAUCAUGGGGGCGGGAUGCACAGUCCUGGUGGUGGCGGUGGUGGCCAGGAAGCUGGAGUUGACCCGAGCUGAGAAGCACGUCCACAACUUCAUGAUGGACUCUCACAUCUCCAAGAGGAUAAAAAUUGCAGCAGCGAAUGUGCUGAGAGAGACUUGGCUCAUCUACAAGCACACUAAGCUGUCAAGAGAAAGAGACCACAGCAGAGUCCGCAUGCACCAGAGGAAGCUGCUGCUGGCCAUUCACCAGUUACGGAGAGUGAAGAUGGAGAAGAGGAUCCUUGCAGAUCAGGGGAACACGCUCGUUGACCUCUGCAAGAUGCAGAGCCUGAUGUAUGACGUGCUGGCGGAGGUGCAGGGCUGCAGGGGGGAGCUGAACUCGAACAUCAGCAGCCUGGUGAAGAACGUGGAGGAGCUGAGGGAGGGCUUCCGGUGCCUGAUGCCGCUGCUGUCCAGCACGCUGUCCACACAGAACUCCUCCAUCCGCCACCUGCUGAGAGAGAGGGAGGAGAAGAGUGAGUGUGUGAGCGGAGCAGAGGGGUAGAAAGGCGCAGUGGGGAGAAGAAGAACCCCGUUUCAGGAGGUUUCUAUUGAAAAUUGCACUAUGGCGGCCAUGCUGGGGCAGAUUUCCUGACUCAGGUGUUGGACAGGUUUGUACUGAUGUACAUACAACUAUAUAUAUAUAUAAAACAUUAUAUGUAGCAGAAAUACAAACAUAUGUAGAAAUUUGUCCCAGCUCACUUCUUCUCAAGAUAUGUCUCCUGGACUAACACAAAACGUUUCAGUCAUAUUGAACUAGAUUUGCAAGAUAUUGAAGUCCAAUGGUGCGUUCACACCAAACGCGUUUUGAGCAUCAGGCUGCAGUGUGAACGCAGCCAAAGUUGAAUGUAAACCACAUGCGCCUGAUGCUGAAAACGCGUUUGGUGUGAACGCACCAUUACAGAUUUAAAGUUGAUCCUAAUCAAGUAAAAUUUUACAGUUGACCUGAUAUGACGUAAUUGACGCCCUGUGGAUUAUUUUCUUCAGGUUAUUUAAUUGUUUUUAAGCAUCUGUUUUGUUUUUUUCUUUUAAGGAACUGUUAUUCCUCACCUGUAAAAACUGCAUUUUCUGACCGUGA